AUGGAACUAAAGGAUGAUCGGCGGUUCCAUAAUCUAACACAGGAGCAAGUGGAGACUCUAGAUCAGGUUCUCACAGAGGUCAUUCCCAUUCAUGGCAGGGGCAACUUUCCCACCUUGAAGAUUAAGCCCAAAGACAUCAUUCAUGUUGUUAGAGACAGACUGUUUUCUAAGAAUAUUAAGGUGAGGGACGUCCGUCUCAAUGGCUCCACAGCAAGUCAUGUCCUAGUCAAGGAGAACGGCACUAGUUAUAAGGACUUAGACAUUAUCUUUGGUGUGGAGCUUCCUAAACAGGAAGACUUUCAGAUAAUAAAAGAAGUGGUUUUGGGGUGCCUCCUGGACUUUUUGCCACAAGGAGUUAACAAGGACAAAAUCACAGCUCUCACUAUGAAGGAGGCUUAUGUACAGAAAAUGGUCAAAGUCUUUACUGAGUAUGACCGAUGGAGUCUCAUUUCACUCUCCAACAACAGUGGUAAGAAUGUGGAACUCAAGUUUGUCAGCUCUCUGCGACGGCAGUUUGAAUUCAGCGUAGAUUCCUUUCAGAUUAUCUUGGAUACUAUGUUGGAGUCCUACCUUGAGGCUGAGAGAAGGGAGGCUGCACAUGUCACAGUAGUGGCAGAAAGCAUGUAUGGAGAUUUUGAGCAAGCCAUGGAUCACCUGCGUUACAGGUUAAUUGCAACACGCAAUCCAGAGGAGAUCCGGGGUGGUGGCUUGCUCAAGUACAGCAACCUACUAGUUAGAGAUUUCAAACCUGCCAGUGAGACAGAAAUUAAAACUCUAGAGCGUUAUAUGUGUUCACGUUUCUUUAUUGACUUUCCAGAUGUGAAUGAGCAACAAAGGAAGAUUGAGUCCUACCUACGAAACCACUUCAUUGGAGAAGAGAAAAGCAAGUAUGAUUACUUGAUGACACUACGACGGGUGGUCAACGAGAGCACUGUGUGCCUGAUGGGCCAUGAGCGACGACAAACACUCAAUAUGAUUACAAUCCUGGCUCUCAAAGUCCUGGGAGAGCAGAACAUUAUACCCAAUGCCAACAAUGUCACCUGCUACUACCAGCCUGCUCCAUAUAUGGCUGACCACAACUUCAGCAACUACUAUAUUGCCAGUGGGCAGUCCCCAAUUAUAUAUCACCCAUAUCCUCUACAUAUGCACAUGCAAACUGGGCUGGUUUAG